AUGGUCACACUUUUAUCAAUAUCGACUGAGACGAUCGAAAUCAUUCUCGAUUAUCUGGAUACACCGGAUCUGGUUACCGUAUCCCUCACGUGCAGCUUACUUUAUAAAAUUGUCAGUUUCAAGCGGUACGGAUUAAUUCUCCCAAAAUGGCAUGGUGUAUCAUAUAAUAUUUCCGACGACAGUGUUGCCGAGAUCGGACUUUAUUAUCGUAACGCCGUUUUGAUUGGAUCAACACUAUACAUACUCGUUUUUUCUAUCGAAAAUCCGACGGCGUGGAUUAUAGAUCUAAACGACAAAAAUCCUAAGUGGAUCAGCGUUUCUAUGAAAGUAUCUGAUUCAUAUAGACCUGUCAAAUAUCCGGCAACAUCAUCGAUUCUGAACAAAAUAUAUAUCCAUGGUGGAAUAGAUCUGCUCAGUGGAAAACCAACGAACAUCUUGUACGAGUUUGACGUACGCGAUGUGCAACUGCAAAUUUUAGCGCAGGAGGGAACAAUUCCUUCCGCUCGUUCGAUGCAUUCGCUUAACGCAAUCGAUCAUAACCAUCUAGCGGUUUACGGCGGUCAAUGUGUGACUGACGAUGGUCCGUAUGAUAGUAAAGAUUUUGCAACGUACGACAUUGCAAAUAGAGUUUGGACAAUUCACGAUCAAAUACCCAAUCUUCCAUAUGCGAGAUCCUUACAUUGCACGCUGAAAGCCCGCGGUAGACUUUAUAUUUACGGAGGCCAGCGGAUUGGCUCGAAACAAAAAACUGAACUACAUACUGAUAGCCAUGUGUGGGCGUAUGACAUACGAAAUCAUAAAUGGUUAAGGUAUAUCUCUUCGACGGCUUAUACAUGGACACCGCUGAAACUUCCACCUGAAUGGAUUUUCACCUCCGGACAGAAACAAAGCCCUGGCCGACGGGUUGGUGCUGCAAUGUUUUGCAUAAGAAAUCGCAUCGCUAUAAUUGGUGGUGUUGUUGGUGACAAUUGGGAGGAAGGCGAAAUCGAAAAGCCUUGGGAAUGUUUGAAGAUAUUCUCACCUUUGAAAAAAUCUUGGUGUCAUAUUCGAGUCCAGGGUUUACCACGCAUGAGUUGUGUUGCAUUCGUUGGUAACUGGUCUGGUUGUAUAAGAAAAGCUUUUCUUAUUGGCGAUGAUGCAAAAACGGGAAAGACAACAAUGGGAUGGAUAGUUGGUUGA